AUUAAAAUAUUAAAUAUUCAAUUGCACUUGUUGUUCUCCCAAAACAUCAAUUGUUACUUGUCAAUAGAUUGUUUUGUACAGUUGCGAAUAUCAGGUAUAGCAGCAUUUCUCGCUUUCUUUAUAGUAUAUAACAAUCACGAUGUUGGUUUUUGGUCGAUCUUAUCAGGUAUUUUAGCUGGGGUAUGUUUUCAUUUACAUUGGGUUAAAGGAAAUGAAACUUUAGGAAGAUGGCAUACCAAAGUAACAUUAAGAAACUUAAAUGUUGUUGGUUUUGUAAGUGCAGUUGCUGGUAUUGCUGCAGUAAUUUGGUAUUUGUUCCUCACAUUUUAUUAUAAAAUUCCCUUUGAACCACUUGCAGAAAGUACAGUACUUUCAGCUAUUUCGUCUAUGACUUCUGGACACUGGGGUAUUGUCUUGAUGAUCUUCUCUCAGAAGUAUGAACUAAUUAUCCAAGAAGGGUCUGCACCCAUAUUAGCAGAAAGUGGUGAUGCCCAAGGCUUUUAAAUAUUAAUAAAUGUAAGGGUUUGAUACAGAUUAGUUUAAGUAAGAGUUAAUGGUAUAAAAUAAAAAUAUACAUGAUCAAUAA